AUGGAAUAUAGGGAGGAAAAGCACGACAUCGAGCAUGAGAGAGGUAUGGAAUAUAUAGAGGAAAAGCACGACAUCGAACAUGGAAGAGGUAUGGAAUAUAGGGAGGAAAAGCACGACAUCGAGCAUAAGAGAGGUAUGGAAUAUAGAGAGGGAAAGCACGACAUCGAACAUGAAAGAGGUAUGGAAUAUAGAGAGGAAAAGCACGACAUCGAACAUGGAAGAGGGAUGGAAUAUAGGGAGGAAAAGCACGACAUCGAGCAUGAGAGAGGAAUGGAAUAUAGAGAGGAAAAGCACGACAUCGAACAUGAGAGAGGAACGGAAUAUAGAGAGGAAAAGCACGACAUCGAACAUGAAAGAAGUUUGGAAUAUAGAGAGGUAAAGCACGACAUCGAACAUGAGAGAGGAAUGGAAUAUAGAGAGGAAAAGCACGGCAUCGAACAUGAAAGAGGUAUGGAAUAA